UCACUACUUGUUUCUGAUGGAAAAUAUUGUGUGUGCAGUGUUGUAUGAAUGUCUUAUUAACAUGUUGAUCAGCUGUUUUCUGUCUGAUCUGAAGGCAGCUGAGGAUGUUAAUCUGUUUCCUCCUCUGCUCUCUGACUCCUCUGUAUUACACAUGAAUGUAGGAGUUCUCUGUGUUGUGUGAUCACCUCUCACUGAUCAACGUUCAUUUAUUUGAAUAAACAAAUGAGGAGAAAACAACAUUCAGCUUCUCACAGAGGAAGAAGGAUUCAUCAUCUCUCUGUGUUUACAGUCCUGCUGGUUCAGCCAAUCAUCUCUGUGUCUCCUACCAUGGACGGGGUCUCCGAGGCCCAGCAGCAGGGGUUUCAGGUGCGCCGGGGCUCCAACUUCACCAUCAGCUGCUCCGUCCAGCCUCAGUACCCAGGAGGCUCCUUCCACCUCAUCUUCACCUCCUACAACACGGCACACAACUACACCCAGCCAGCUGUCAAUCACUCUGCUGACUUCCUGUUUCCUGCUGCAGACCCCGCCCACAAAGGAAACUACAGCUGUGUUUAUGGCGUCUAUGUUUUUGCUCAUAACUUCUUCUCUGAGAGCCGUCUGCUGUCUCUCACCGUCACAGAUCCAACAGUUCAUAUCAUCAGACCGGUCGUCCUGCUGGUGACUCUGCCGUUGUUCAUCACUGUCAUCGUUUUCAUCCCGAAGGUACUGAAGGCCAGCAGGGGGCAGAAGUCAGGCCCACAGGAGAACAUUGAGCUGGAUUCUUAUAACCUCGGUGUUUCCAGAGCUGAAGGAGAGCCGGCUGAAGAGGAAGGAGCUCAGGGAGCAGAGUAGGACCUCCAAGGAGCCACAAACCCACUGAAGAAGAAAAUCAUCUUUGGUUUCAUCUCUCCUCUCAGUCUCAGCCAGGUUUUUGCAGCCCAGUACGGCGAGGAACCAGCACCAACGCUCAGUGCCACAACAGGAAGUAGUGAGACCUUUAUUAAGACCAGUAGAAGAAGAGCAGAGAGAUCUGAUUGGACCAUUUGUAACAUAAUUAUCUGUAUAUAGUUAUAUUUUAUCAUUAUUAACUUCUCUCAUAUGAACAGCUGUAACUUUUUUUACUUAAAGAUUUUUAUGAAUCCAGAGUUUUAUGGUCUCAUCUGGAUAAAUGUUGAGUCAACAAAUCAUUUAAAUAUCCAUCCAGUUGUUUGAUGAGUUUAUAUCUUUUUUCUUCACUGUCUUUUAUGUACUAUAUACUACUUACUAAGGUGAAAUGUGUUAUUGCUUCUUUUAAGAAUAUUUGCUUUUUGAGUUAAAUUGAAUAAAAGAAAUAGUUAUUGAGUGAAAUCAAAGGUUUUAUCUUUGUUUUGCUGUUUUUAAGAAAAAAAUCUGAUGUUUGACAGAAUUUAAAGCACAUGUGUUUCUGCUGAAUGUUCACUCAUUUAUUGUAUGUGACAGUGUCAUGCUAAUAAAUCUG